CUUUUCGGAACCGCGGCGGCGGUGGCGGAGGCGGGGAUCCCAGGGCUGCGGCGACGGCGGCCGCGGUGGAGCCACGGGUCGGCCUCUACUCGGUGUGACGGCGGCCUCGGCGGCGGUGGCGGCCGCGACCAGGUCGGCGUCCUGGCCAAGCAUGGUGACAGCCUGUGCCCUCGGCCCCCUCGUCUGGCGCAGCCGGAAGAGCCGCCAGCCUCGGGCGCCGAUGGCCCCCCAUGUGAGGGAGUGAGCAGCCUGGCAUUGCCCUACGGAUUGAGGGGGGACGCAGCGGCUGAGUGAGCUGAGACCACGCUGCCGACCCCCUCCCACCAGCUGACGAAUGGUGGACCGAGCAAUGAGUGACCCAUGUCAGGGUCAUGGAAUAAUGGUGGGAAGCAAGGCAUGAGUGACCCCCACGGUCACCUGUAACUUCUCAGUAGAAAUAGUGGUCUCAGUGCCCUAGGCUGACUCAGCGGACCCUCCCAGCCCUCGGCCCAGCUGAUGGGGCCACUGGGGCCUCGAGCAGCAGCUUGACCGUCCAGACCCCACCCAGCCCAGCCAUGGCCGGUGCCGAGGGCUUCCAGUACCGUGCACUGUACCCGUUCCGCCGGGAGCGGCCGGAGGACCUGGAGCUGCUGCCGGGCGACGUGCUGGUGGUGAGCCGGGCGGCCCUGCAGGUGCUGGGCGUGGCUGAGGGCAAUGAGCGCUGCCCACAGAGCGUGGGUUGGAUGCCUGGCCUCAAUGAGCGCACGCGGCAACGAGGUGACUUCCCCGGCACCUACGUCGAGUUCCUGGGUCCUGUAGCCCUGGCCCGGCCUGGCCCUCGUCCACGUGGCCCCCGCCCACUGCCCGCCAGGCCCCGGGAUGGGCCCCCUGAGCCAGGCCUCACUCUCCCCGACCUGCCAGAGCAGUUCUCCCCACCUGAUGUGGCUCCCCCGAUCCUGGUGAAGCUGGUGGAGGCCAUUGAGCGGACAGGUUUAGACAGUGAAUCCCUCUACAGGCCUGAGCUGCCUGCCCCGCGCACAGACUGGUCCCUGAGCGACGUGGAGCAGUGGGACUCCGCAGCCCUGACAGAUGGUGUCAAGGGCUUCCUGCUAGCGCUACCCGCGCCCCUCGUGACUCCCGAGGCCGUGGCCGAGGCACGCCAGGCCCUGCGGGAGGCCGCGGGGCCAGUGGGGCCGGCGCUGGAGCCCCCGACGCUGCCACUGCACCGCGCGCUCACGCUGCGGUUCCUGCUCCAGCACCUGGGCCGAGUGGCCCGACGCACCCCGGCUCCUGGCCCCGCCGUGCGAGCUCUGGGCGCCACCUUCGGGCCGCUGCUGCUGCGCGCGCCCCCUCCCUCGCCGCCGCUAGGGGGCGCGCCCGACGGGACUGAGUCCAGCCCUGACUUCCCGGCGCUGCUGGUGGAGAAGUUGCUUCAGGAACAUCUGGAGGAGCAGGAGGUUGCGCCCCCAGCGCUGCCUCCUAAACCCCCCAAGGCAAAGCCUGCCCUUGCAGGCCUGGCCAAUGGGGGAAGCCCACCCUCCCUGCAGGACGCGGAGUGGUACUGGGGUGACAUCUCCAGGGAGGAGGUGAACGAGAAACUCCGGGACACGCCUGAUGGCACCUUUCUGGUCCGAGAUGCAUCUAGCAAGAUCCAAGGGGAGUACACGCUGACCCUCAGGAAAGGCGGGAACAACAAGCUGAUCAAAGUCUUCCACCGCGACGGGCACUACGGCUUCUCGGAGCCUCUCACCUUCUGCUCUGUUGUGGACCUCAUCACCCACUACCGCCAUGAGUCGCUGGCCCAGUACAAUGCCAAGCUGGACACCCGGCUCCUCUACCCCGUGUCCAAGUACCAGCAGGACCAGAUUGUCAAGGAGGACAGUGUGGAGGCGGUGGGUGCCCAGCUCAAAGUCUACCACCAGCAGUACCAGGACAAGAGCCGCGAGUAUGACCAGCUCUAUGAGGAGUACACCCGCACCUCCCAGGAGCUGCAGAUGAAGCGCACAGCUAUCGAGGCCUUCAAUGAGACCAUCAAGAUCUUUGAAGAGCAGGGCCAGACACAAGAGAAGUGUAGCAAGGAAUAUCUGGAGCGCUUCCGACGUGAGGGCAAUGAGAAGGAGAUGCAGAGGAUCCUGCUGAACUCAGAGCGGCUCAAGUCUCGCAUCGCCGAGAUCCACGAGAGCCGCACAAAGCUGGAGCAGGAGCUGCGGGCACAGGCCUCAGACAACCGGGAGAUCGACAAGCGCAUGAACAGUCUCAAGCCAGACCUCAUGCAGCUGCGCAAGAUCCGAGACCAGUACCUCGUGUGGCUCACUCAGAAAGGCGCCCGGCAGAAGAAAAUCAACGAGUGGUUGGGGAUCAAAAAUGAGACUGAGGACCAGUAUGCGCUGAUGGAGGAUGAGGACGACCUGCCCCACCAUGAGGAACGCACGUGGUAUGUGGGCAAGAUCAACCGGACACAAGCCGAGGAAAUGCUGAGCGGCAAGCGGGAUGGCACCUUCCUCAUCCGCGAGAGCAGCCAACGUGGCUGCUACGCCUGCUCCGUGGUGGUGGACGGCGACACCAAGCACUGCGUCAUCUACCGCACGGCCACAGGCUUCGGCUUCGCGGAGCCCUACAACCUGUACGGGUCGCUGAAGGAGCUGGUGCUGCACUACCAGCACGCCUCGCUCGUGCAGCACAACGACGCACUCACGGUCACGCUUGCCCACCCGGUGCGCGCCCCCGGCCCUGGGCCCCCGCCCCCUGCCCGCUGAGCGCUGGGCGCAGGACAGCGCAGAGCGGAUACACCCCAGGGCCUGGAGGCUGGGGAGGUAAACCACCCCCGCCCCCCCCGACCGAGGGCUCCGUCUUUCGGGUUUUCUGUCUGCCUCUCUCUUUUGUGAGUCUCUUCCUGUCUCUGUCUCUCCAUUUCUCUCUUUCUGAGCCUCUCUCUCAGUCUCUC